GAUUAAGAAGAAUGGCCUCUGUUUUAUUCAAUAGAUACUACGAGUUUUACAUAGGUAUCCUAUUUUACUGAUAAAAAUAAUGUAUAGGCAUCAUCUAUAAAUUGCUGCGUGUAAAUCGUGACAUCACAUUUCACUUCACGUUGCCCAGGACAGGUGACCAGAAGUGUGCUCGAAGCCAGAGUUGCGCACAUCUCUUAACACAUGUCAAUGUUAUCUAUGAGCCGAAAUAUAUUCUCGCAAGCCAGCAACAUUUCUCGCGCUUUCUCAACCUCAGCGGUUGCACGAUACAAUGUGAACAAGGUCAUUCUCGUUGGCCGCAUGGGAGCUGAUCCUGAAGUAGUUAACUUGGAUAAUGACCGCAAAGUCAUUCACUACACUGUAGCCACCAGCGAAACUAGAAGCGACAAGGAAGGCAAUUUGGUUAAACAAACACAGUGGCACCGUAUUACUUCCUGGAAUCAGGGUCUCAACAACUUUCUUCCCGAAAAAAUCAAGAAAGGUGAUCUCGUAUAUGUCGAAGGAAAGCUAAACUACAGAGAUUACACUGACAAGCAAGGCGUCCAAAGAACCAGGCCUGAGAUUUUGCAAAGCUCCGUCAAGGUUUUGUCAACCCCCAAGCACAGCUCUGAACAAUUCGAAUCCAGUGAACAGGAAGAUAUGUGAGCGUGACAUUUAAAAAAAAGUUUGGAUCGGGCACCAAGCUUUUU